AUGUCUGAGCAAGAUUUACACAUGAAUGAAAGAAGCGAUUCUGGAGAAUCACAGUAUGAUCCUGUCGUGCGGACUCUACCUGUAUAUUAUUCACCGGCACUUCGAAACCAUUUACUGUUGAAUCAAUAUCCUUUAAGACCAAAGAAUCGUGAAUACAGCAGCCGGACCGGAGAAACACCGAUGAAUGCACGCAUCAAGCCUAAAACUGGGUGGAUGGAGAUGGAGGUGCCAAUUCCUACCGCAAAGUAUUUUGACGAAGAUAAAGCAAAAAAAUACAGUGCCGAAGACCAGCCAUUGAGGACACAAGUGCUUGCUGGUCGUCUUCAGCAGCCGCAAACAAACCUGAUGGUAGGCUUAAUUCGAAAUGGACAGCUUCAUAUCGUUCCUUUGCGUGGAUUAACCCAAUUGCGGCCUUCUAUGCGGCAUGUAGAUGAACAUAUGCAAAGGGUAAAAACCUCCAGUACAUCUUCGACAACAUCACAAUCGAACGCUUCCGCUUCGCGUGGACCCGUUCGUGCCAUCCAGGUGACAGCUAAGCAAAAUACGGAGGCUCCCAAAUUGUCAACGACACAUAUUAUUAGGGCAACGGAAGAGGAAGAGUGGCAAUCCAUUGACAUCCGGGAGAAUGAAGAGGCCAACACCGUUGCAAAACAGUUGGAGUGCCCCUUGGAACAUCAGCCUAAUGAGUGCACACCGGCGGACGUGGAAAUACCUAUAAUUUGCUAUCCACUUUCCAUGUAA